CCACCCUCCUCUCUCUUCAAGCCAUCAUGGAGAACCGGAAGGAGAAGAAUGCUUGGAUGUCAGUUCCACAAUUUGGAGGGUGGGACCAAAAGACUGGAGGAGCUACCAAUUAUUCCAUGAUUUUUUCUCAGGCUAGAGCUAAUAAGAAGCAGCAGAAGGCUGACAUAAACAACAGUCUAGGAAACGAACGGGAGCUCACUCCUCGACGGCAAUAUCCUCAUCAACAACAAGAAGAAUCAGUCAUGAGGAAGAGGAAGUUCCUGACCUACAUUAAUUGUUGUAUUAGGCCUUGAUGUCUUCAAAAGUCUGUCUUCUCUCUCUGUAUUUGCGAUCCUUU